AUGUCGAUGCCGGAGGCGGAGCGGCUCGCGCGCGAGCGGGCGCUGCAGGCCGACCCCCGGCGUGCGAGGAUCUCGGCGCGCACGCGAGGUGGCCGGGCGGCGGCGAGCAGCGAGCCACCCCCUGUGGCACCGCCCGUGGCCGAGCCGCCGCACGCCGGGGAGUUCGCCGCCGAUCCGGAGCGCAAGGAUGACGGCGACUUUGACUCGGCGGAGGGCUCCGACCUCGCAGCCGUCGUCCUCGAGGUGCCGUGCAACAACCUCAAGGAGAACCAGUACGCGGACAUGAAGAAGCGGACCACGGCGGGCGUGCUCGCCACCCUCGCCUCGUGCGGCCUGUUCCUCAGCGUCGACGAGCUUGCGGUCGCCGAGAGCCUCAAGCAGGUGCACCAGUCGGUGCACUCGCUGCUCACCACGCCCGGCGUCGUGCCGCCCAAGGUUCUCGCCUACGACGACGCGUGCCACCUCCACGGGUUUUGGCACAGGCGCAGGCCCUGCAGCCCCUGGCUGUGCUGGCUGCUGAGCACGAUCAAGCUCGUGGUGGACCGCUUUCACUUCCGCAACCACAACGCGGAGUACUGCCGCAGGCACGUCGACCCCCACAAGUGCAAGGAGCUGCGCCCGGACGACAACACCGAGGUGGCCGAGCAGGGCUUCGCCUGGCUCGCGCGUAGCAAGCACGUCUUCCGCACGAUGAAUGAGUCGCGCUUCCUCUUCACGAUCCUGCGGCUGAUGCACAUGCGCAACCGCUACACGGCCGGCAUGCCGUUCCACCCCUAG